UGAGUGGAUUUACUUUUGUACAAAGACACAGUUCCACAUGGAAGAAAAGCUUUAACAAUGCAAGAGUGAGGUCACCAAUCAUCUCUCUUCUUGUGGAUUUCUUUUUUCAAGGGAUGUUUGGCAAAUCAGGGCCAUAGAAGAUCACAUACCCUAACAAACGUAUCUUCUUCUUUAACCUCCAUUGCCACCUUACAUAAAGAAAGCUUCAAGCCUGAACAAAAACUUUGCUCAAUGUUCCCUUUACACCAAGGUGGUGAGCUGUGCUUCAAGAUUUCCUCCAGUCCACACCAGCAAGACAAUAUCCCAGAUCUGAUUCUUGCUCAUCAAUAUGCUGAAAUCCAUGGCAGUACUGAUAUAACCAACAAUAUGGAGAAAGGUCGGCGGCGAAAUAUAAUUUCCAUGGACAAUAAUGAGGCUGCUAGAGAUAAUAAUAACAAUAGUAAGAAGAAGAUGAUGCAUAGAGAUAUUGAAAGACAAAGGAGGCAAGAAAUGACAACCCUUUAUGCAUCCCUUCGAGCUUUACUUCCUCUUGAAUUUAUCAAGGCCACUAGGGUUUGUUUGGGAUUUCAGGGAAAGCGUUCGAUUUCAGAUCACAUGAACGAGGCAGUGAAUUAUAUAAAGUAUCUCCAAAAGAAGAUCAAAGAAACUAGUGCCAAAAGAGAUGAGUUAAAGAAACUAUCCGAUUUCAGUUCUGUUGCCUCACCAAGUGGAUGUUCUAACAAAUCUUCUUCAAGUUCAGUAGCUCUCCAGCCAUAUCCAGGUGGUAUUGAGAUUACGUUUGAUAGUGAUUUAAUGGGGAGAGAUUUGCCCCUAUCAAGAGUAUUGCAAGUGUUGCUUGAAGAAGGAAUUUCUGUUAUCAACUGUGUUUCCACCAAAGUAAAUGAAAGAUUAUUCCACUCUGUCCAAACUGAGGUCAAUGAUCCUACAUGCUUAAAUUUAUCCGAGCUGUGGCAGAAAUUAACCCUAGUAGUUUCUUCUACAAGUGAUUUAUCCAAGUGAAAUGUUGUCCUUAUUCUUGGAUUGACAUCUUGCACUGUAACACUAUUCUAAACACUUUUCUCAGCUUGGUGUUGUUUUUGAGAACCUUUGAUGAAAAUGCUUUUAUUAAUUAGAAGUAUUUUGUUAA